CGUCCCUCACAUUUAUUUUUAAUUCUAAUUUUUCAACUGUUGUUUAAAGAAAUCGUCCGUAAUUACUAAAUAAUUUCUCAAACCCUACUCCUCGUGCCUUCGUUCAUUUCCUCUUGUGCCUUCGUCCAUCUUCUCUGUCAACAAGAAAACCCUACCCCUUCCUCGCGCCUUCAUUCAUUUUUAUCUCCUGCCUUCGUUCAUUUUCGUUUAUCUGUCACCAAGAAAACCCUACUCCUUCCCCUUCUCCGCGCCGUUUGUUCAUCUGUUUGUUCAUCUUCAAACAAAGUGCGGAACUCUUGAUUUCGUCAAUUCUCGUCUUUCCCUGUUUGGAAACGAAAACCUAACCUUCGGCGACCUUACAUUUGUGGCUUGUGACCUGAGCGAGAUUGUUGUUCGCAUGUUAGAGUAAAAGACUUCCUACAAUAGGCUUUCAGGUAUUAAUCACAGCUGUACAACAACUAAUACAAAACAGUCCUAGUGAAAUUAUUACCCGAAGCAAAUAUGGUUGUGCUCUAUUAUGCUAUUUGCAACAGCAGUGAAGCUUGUGCUCUGGCAGUACUGUAGAAACUCGGCAAACAAGAUUGUUCGUGCCUAUGCAGAUGAUCAUCAAUUUGAUGUUAUAACAAACGUGGUUGGAUUAGUUGCAGCUGUACUUGGUGAUAAAUAUUACUGCUGGAUCGACCCGAUUGGAGCUAUUAUGCUUGCAAUUUACACUAUUACAAAUUGGUCACGCAUUGUCAUGGAAAAUGCAGGGGCAUUUAGUUGUUGGGCACCGGCUGCGAGUUCAAAGAUUUUAGCUUUCCUUACCUCCUACCCAAGAUCAAGUAUUUUAUUUUAUUUUUUAAAAAAUGAUUUUCUGACGAUUUUGGAAAACCCUUAAUAAUUAUCAGCAGUUUCCCAAAAUCCCUGGAAAUAGGGACGGUUUCACAUAACCUCGGUUAAUUUCGGCGGUUUCAGAAACCCCUGGAAAUAAGAACGGUUUUAUAGAAAACCGCCAGUAAUUUUGUGACGUUGGUUUUUCAAGUGGUUUUUGUAACCGCAGAAAAUGUAUUUUCCGGGGGUUAAAACCCCCGGUAACAUCAAAAAUAACCCAUACUAAAAUUAUAGAUUUUUGUAGUGAUGUGUUUUAGGUCAAUUGAACUUUAGGUAAAUAUAUUUUGCAAUUAAUAUCAUAAUUUGUUUGGUUUACAAUUUUUUUAAAAAAAAAAGUUAUGUUGUGUUCAUUUUCAAACAUUGAUUUUGGAGGAGAGUGAUUGGAUUUGAAAAGAAAUUUUGUGUUAAUUAUUUU